AUGGCCAAGCAGCAGCCACGCUCGAGCCAACAGUUGCUGGUGCCUUGGAUCUACGAUCUGGGAGUGUGGAUCUACUCAUUGUGCCUCGAUAUCUUCUUCCGCGAGAUCUAUGCUGCUGGGACCUGGCGGAUUCCGAAGCAAGGACCGGUGAUUAUCGUUGCUGCUCCCCAUGCGAACCAGUUCGUAGACUCAAUUGUUCUUAUACGCAUUCUCAAACGCCAUGCCAACCGCCGUGUCUCCUUUCUGAUAGCCGAAAAAUCGAUGGAGGAGCCUUACAUCGGUACCAUGGCCGCUUGCAUGGGCGCCCUGCCUGUCGUCCGGGCGAUGGACCAUGUCAAGCCCGGGGAAGGGACGAUCUACUUGCCUGAACCUGAGGAUGAUCCCACUCUCGUUCGCGGAAGGGGCACUGGCUUUACAAACCCCAUGUUCAUGGUGGGAGGCACGAUCGUUCUGCCCAAGGUCGAGAAGGAAAGCCCCGAGCAGCAAGCGAUUGCCGAAAUCCUGGGACCAGAGGAACUGCGCCUCAGAAAGCCGUUCAAGAAGUUCAAGCCGGAUCACCCGCUUUACGAAGGCCUGCGCACCGGAACGGCCUUCAAAGUAGCCCCUCACAUCGACCAAAGCCAGAUGUUCGAUGCUGUCUAUCGUGGGCUCGAGGCGGGUGGCUGCAUCGGCAUCUUUCCAGAAGGCGGGAGUCAUGAUCGUCCGAGUUUGCUGCCUCUGAAAGCGGGCGCUGCCAUCAUCGCUCUGGGUACGCUGGCACGUUCUCCAGACUGUGGGCUGUCCAUCAUCCCCUGUGGGCUGAACUACUUUCAUCCGCACAAGUUUCGUUCCCGUGCUGUCGUCGAAUUCGGGCCCCCGGUCCAGGUCCAUCCAGACCAGAUCGAGGCAUUCAAAGCGGGAGGAAACUCCAAGCCCAAUGCCGUGGGAUCAUUACUUCAGACGAUCCAGGAGGCACUUGCUUCCGUCACUCAGCAGGCCCCCGAUCGCGAGACGCUCAUGCUCAUCCAAGCGACUCGAAGACUAUAUAGACCUCUGCGGAUGAAGCUUCCACUGCCUGUGGUCAUUGAGUUAAACCGACGCCUCCUCAGGGGCUACACUCUGUUCAAGCACGAGCCCCAGGUUAUUGAGCUGACCAAGGCUGUGUCCGCCUACAACUGUCAGCUGGAGGCCCUGGGAAUCAGAGACCAUCAAGUCGAAUGGGGCAAUGUCAAACGCAGACCGUGGUGGCUGGUCUUUCUGACUUUGCUUUAUCGUAUCGGAGAACUGAUCACAUUGAGUGUGGGGACCUUGCCUUCGCUUGCUCUCUUCUGGCCAGUCUUUGUGACCGCACGGGUUAUCUCCCAUAAGAAGCAGCGGCAAGCUCUUGCAGCCUCUGAGCUUAAGUUGGAGGGCCGCGAUGUGGUUGGAACCUGGAAGAUCCUUGUGGCGAUGGGGCUGGCGCCGACGCUAUACACCUGGUACACCGUGAUCGGGACUCUCUGGCUGUAUUACUGUCGCCACGACGGCUACUAUUGUUCCGUGGUGCCUUGGUGGCUGACCGCACGAUCCUAUGUGCCAGACGUGGUCCCUCUCUGGGCUUUCGCGAUCUUCUUCUUUGGGCUUAUGAUUUCGAUCAGUUUCGCCGGUCUUCGCAUUGGCGAGAUUGGCGUCGACGUGCUAAAGUCACUGCGCCCUCUGCUGGUGGCCUUGAAUCCGAGCUCCUCGGCCGCGUUGGUCAAGCUGCGAGCUCAGCGUCGGGCGGUAGCGGCUCAGGUCGUCGACGUGAUCAACACAUUUGGCCCGGAGCUCUUCCCGGACUUUGAGUCAGAGAAGCUCAUUGACGACGGAUACAGCGAGGAGGACGACGACGGGAACGAGAUAUACAAGUCUCAACUCAAGAGCAUGCCACCCAGCGCGGCGGAGAGCCCGAGAAGAAGUCGGAGUCGGAGCAAUGCCCGUGAAGAUCCUUACGGCACUUGGCUGAAGCCGCUCACGAUAGGGUCUAGAGACGACUUCUUGGGGGAUGUGAAUACACUGAUCCAGGACUCGCUGAGCGAGAGGGGGCGGGGACAGAUGAAGAAAGCCGAUGCUGAAGAAUGA